AUGAACGAUGACAAGCUCCUGGAGCAUUAUCUUCGCGCCAAUAAUUCCACAGCUUUGCAGAAGAUAAGACCACGCUUAUCAGGUGAAGGAAAGGUGACUACUCCAAUGAUGGUUGCCUACCUUAGUUCCUCCAUGACUUCUUGCAAGCUCCGAAGGUUCCGCGGUGGAGGUAAUACUUGGUGUGCGAAGUGCCUGCGGGCAUUCAUAAACCGGAAACAUGUGACCACAACAGACCAAUCUCUGUGUGAUUUAGGGCAUGCUCCUGGAAUCCUCAUGACAUCUGAUCUCAAAGACAGGUAUCGAGCUCAGCUGUCUUUGAAUUAUGAUAGUUACAGCUUUUAUGAGCAUAUGAAUAUGUUUUCGAGUGCGGAGGGAACAAGCAGAAGCAUUAGUGGAUUGGGCAACCAAAGAACCGUUGAGACUUCCGCAGAACGGUGUAACAUCUCAGAAAAAAAAAGAACAUGA